UGUUGAGGGAAAUUCUGUGCGGAAGAAUUUGCCAACUAUGUUUGUUUCAGUACUUUAAGCGACAGAAUUCAUCUGAGAGGGAAGAGGAUUGGUGGAGGAGGGAAUAAGUAUAUUUCCACGUCUUCGCUGCAAGACAAUUUUCUUAGGAUGAGAGUAAUGCUAUAGCUGUUUUCAUUUUAGAGAUGUACCCGGUUAGGAGUGGUUGCUUCUUUAGGUUUGCUUGCGAAGACGUGCAGCUAGUUAAUAUUGGGUGAGCCUUAUUUUUUGGUGUAUGGUGUUUGUUUGCUUGUAGCAUGACUUCCUUUUUCUGCCAAUGGAGAAUAGAGAGAAUCGUGAGUUGUCACGUAUCGCCUGGUUUUGGGAGACGUCAAUUUGCAUAUUGGCACUGUGCUAGUUGCCAAAGCUCGUCGAGGGGAUUGAAGACGCUGAGAAUACAGAAGUGACCUAAUUUUCUUGAACAUUAGCGUCAGAGGUUGAGGCUUAAUGAGCUUCGUUUGCAUUUCGCCAAACUAUGCACGGAAACGAUGCAGACGAAAUUUAGGUCCGUCCAAUGUUCAGAAUGAUGAUGCGCGACGAUUAUUCGUAACAGCAGCUGCAUUUAAGUAUUGAAACGAAACCUAGGUCUUCGUGUGUAGAGAUAUGUGACCUUGCAUCUGCUGAUUGCUGGAAUUGCAUCUUUGCAGUGGCAUGGAUUUCACUCGAGAGAGGGGAUAAUGAAGAAGAAGUUGUGAAGGCCAGCACUGCAUGAGCGACGAUGAGGGCGCCUGAUGCUGACGGUCACUUUAUCAGGAACAGGAGCAGAAAUAGGAACAGAAAGUGGCAGCUUUUAUUGCUCCUACUGUUGGACGAGGAGGAGGAAAGGCAGCAACAGUGGGAAGAUCGACAGCAGGCACUCGCUCAUCUGCAAUGGCAGCAUCAGCAUGCUCGCCGUCAAAAAUGGUUGCAGAAUUACUACAGUCAGUUGCAAGCUCUGUAUGCUGAUCUCGAUGUCCUUGAAAGUUAUCGGUUGCGCCGCGCUCAUGUGGCAGCAGCUGCGUUAGGAGCUGCUGUGUCAACUCAACAAAGUGUGCACCGUCGAUUGUGGGUGAAAAAUAGGUCGCAAGCAUGGUGGGCAAAGUGCAAUCAUCCCGAUUUUCCAGACGAGGAAUUCCAUCGGUCGUUCCGUAUGUCUCGCGCCACAUUUAAUAUCAUCUGUGAUCAGCUCGCAGGAGCGGUUGCUAAGGAGAACACCAUGCUCAGGGCAGCCAUACCUGUGGAGCAGAGAGUGGCAGUAUGCAUCUGGCGGCUGGCUACAGGUGAACCUUUGCGACUUGUUUCAAAGCGCUUUGGACUUGGAAUAUCUACUUGUCACAAGAUGGUGUUGGAGGUCUGCGCCGCAAUCAAUGAUGUGCUUCUCCCCAAGUAUGUACAAUGGUCAUCGGCUGAGCGUCUGCAGCAGGUGACGCAGGAAUUUGAGGCCAUGUCUGGGAUGCGUGAUGUGGUUGGGGCCCUUUACACGACGCAUGUUCCAAUUAUUGCUCCAAAGAUCAAUGUGGCUGCUUAUUUCAACAAACGGCAUACCGAGCACAAUCAGAAAACGUCGUACUCCAUCACUUUGCAAGGAAUGGUGGAUGUACGCGGAUCAUUCACAGAUGUAUCCAUAGGAUGGCCAGGGUCUAUGUCUGAUGAACGCGUGUUUGAAAAAUCAACUUUGUAUAGACGAGGAUUGAGCGAAGACCUUCGUGGAAUGUGGGUAGUGGGAGGACCAGGGUAUCCGCUACUUGAUUGGCUGCUGGUUCCAUAUGUCCAACACAACCUAACCUGGGCGCAACAUGCGUUCAACGAAAAGGUAGCGGAGUUGCUGCAAGUUGCCCGAAGUGCCUUCAGCCGUCUGAAAGGGCGCUGGAAGUUCUUGCAGCGGAGGACUGAGGUGAAGUUGCAAGAGCUUCCUGCUGUCCUGGGUGCAUGCUGUGUGCUUCACAAUAUAUGUGAGAUGCAUAACGAAGGAUUUGACCCUGAACUUCACUUUGAGGUUGUCGAUGAUGAGAUGUUGCCGGAGAAUAUCAAUUUCCCAAUUACAGCUAUGCAAGCUCGGGACGCAAUUGCUCAUAACUUGCUUCACAACGUUCAUGCAGGUUCUUUUUUGUGACAUGUAGAUUGUAGGGGCAUUUUAUACGGCUGGAUAUAGCGUCCAAGUAUGGCACCAUUAAAUUAUCUGUAAUUUACUCUCAAGGUUUUUAAUCAUGAGGACGAUGGCUCUAGGACAGUAAUUCUAUCUGUAGUGAUGGUUUUCCAUUUUCUUCCAUUUUCUUUCUAGUAUAGAUUGUUGGUAUCUAGUUGCAUGUUUUUGCCAACAAUAGAAAUCGGCGUAUCAGUUGUCGAAACGCUAUUCUUUGAGUAACAAUUGUACUCAUACAUGUUAUGCAUUUGUACUUCCCCAGUGCACAGCUUUGUGAAUCGGCGUUGAAGCUGCCGUGUUUCCACUA